AUGCCUAGUGCCUCGUUUUCCUCUUCGCGUUCUUACGUCCGUAGAUCGCGAAGAAAAGGCGGACACAGAAUACCACUACCAUCUAGGACACAAUCAAGUGAACCAUGUGAAUCUGUACCUUGCCCAAACAACGUGACAGGCAGCGCUAUGGCGGCUACGGCUUGCGCCGGGCCUAGUGGCAGCGGUGGCGGUGGCUCGCCUCCGGUGCCGGCCGCCGCUGCCGCCACCACCGCCGGCCACCACAGUCCCUAUGACCUGCGCAGAAAGUCGCCGCCUGCCUACCAUGAACCCGGACCCUCCGGCGCCUGCUCUCUUCCUGCUAGAAAAAGGCCUAGGACAUCGCUGUCACAAGGCGUGGAUGUAUGCAAUGUGUCGCAGUACCUGCAGUAUGAGCUGCCCGAUGAAGUGCUGCUCUGUAUUCUGUCCCACCUAACUGAGCGUGACCUCUGUCGCGUCGCGCAGGUCUGCAAAAGAUUCAAUACGAUCGCCAAUGAUACAGAACUGUGGAAAAGUCUAUACCAGUCGGUGUUUGAGUAUGACACACCACUGAUGCACCCUGCUCCAUGCCAGUUUGAAUUUGUGGCACCAGAUGAGUGCGACGCAGAUAACCCGUGGAAAGAGAGCUUCAGGCAGCUCUACUAUGGCAUACAUGUCCGCCCAAAUUUCCGCUCCAAGAAAGACUCGAGGAUUAAGCACUUUAAUACUAUUAGGGCGGCGCUGGAAUACGUGGAGGAGCGGAGCGGGGUGGCGUGCGCGUCGGGCGGGGCGGGCGCAGGCCCGGGGGGCGGCGCGGGAGCGGGGGGCGGUGCGGGUGCGUGCGGCUGCGGCGCGGCGGCGUGCUCUUGCCGGCGCGCGCCCGCCCCGCCGCCCGCGCUUCUCUUCGUGCACGCCGGCCUCUACCAAGAGGAGUGCCUCGCCAUCGACACCGACGUACAGCUCAUUGGUUGUGCCCCAGGCAAUGUAGCGGAAUCAGUGGUACUGGAACGCGAAGCAGAGUCAACUUUAACAUUCGCGGAAGGCGCCAACCGCGCGUAUGCCGGUCACAUGACGCUCAAAUUCUCCCCCGACGCCACCAGCACAAUGCAGCAUCACAAGCACUAUUGCUUAGAGGUCUCCGACAACUGCUCUCCCACCGUUGAUCAUUGUAUUAUACGCAGUGCUAGUGUUGUGGGCGCUGCAGUGUGUGUGAGCGGCGCCGGUGCGAACCCGGUAAUAAAACACUGCGACAUCAGCGACUGUGAGAACGUAGGUCUGUACGUGACGGAUUACGCGCAAGGCGCCUACCAGGACAAUGAGAUCUCACGUAACGCACUCGCUGGCAUAUGGGUGAAAAACUUCGCUAAUCCUAUCAUGCGCCGCAAUCAUAUACACCACGGCCGCGAUGUCGGGAUAUUCACUUUUGAGAAUGGUCUGGGUUACUUUGAAGCAAACGACAUACACAAUAACAGAAUAGCUGGAUUCGAGGUGAAAGCUGGCGCAAAUCCCACCGUAGUACAUUGCGAAAUUCACCACGGACAGACAGGCGGCAUAUACGUUCACGAGUCCGGCCUCGGCCAGUUCAUAGACAACAAAAUCCACUCCAACAACUUUGCUGGUGUGUGGAUAACCUCAAACAGUAACCCCACCAUACGACGCAACGAGAUAUACAACGGCCAUCAGGGCGGCGUGUACAUAUUCGGCGAGGGCCGCGGUCUUAUUGAGCACAAUAACAUUUAUGGAAAUGCUUUGGCUGGUAUACAGAUCCGCACAAACAGUGAUCCUAUUGUUAGGCACAACAAAAUUCAUCAUGGGCAACAUGGUGGUAUCUAUGUUCAUGAGAAGGGACAGGGUUUGAUUGAAGAGAAUGAAGUAUACGCAAACACACUGGCAGGUGUUUGGAUUACAACUGGAUCCACUCCUGUGUUGCGUAGGAACCGUAUACACUCAGGAAAACAGGUUGGCGUAUAUUUUUACGACAACGGGCAUGGAAAACUGGAAGACAACGACAUUUUCAACCAUUUAUACUCUGGCGUUCAAAUAAGGACUGGCAGUAACCCAGUCAUACGCGGUAACAAGAUAUGGGGCGGACAGAACGGCGGCGUUCUCGUCUAUAACGGCGGGCUGGGCCUGCUUGAACAGAAUGAGAUAUUUGAUAACGCUAUGGCUGGUGUAUGGAUAAAGACUGAUUCAAAUCCCACGCUCAAAAGAAAUAAAAUUUUUGAUGGGCGUGAUGGCGGUAUCUGCAUUUUUAAUGGAGGAAAGGGCGUUUUGGAGGAAAACGAUAUAUUCCGCAAUGCGCAAGCGGGCGUCCUAAUCUCAACUCAAAGCCAUCCAGUAUUACGUCGGAAUCGUAUUUUCGAUGGACUCGCCGCCGGCGUCGAAAUUACGAACAACGCUACGGCCACACUUGAGCACAAUCAAAUAUUCAACAAUAGAUUUGGAGGUCUUUGUCUGGCAUCUGGAGUUUCUCCGCUGGUCCGGGGUAACAAAAUCUUCAGCAACCAAGAUGCUGUGGAGAAAGCUGUUGGUGGUGGCCAAUGUCUUUACAAGAUAUCCUCGUACACCUCAUUUCCUAUGCAUGAUUUCUACAGAUGCCAGACAUGCAAUACAACAGACCGAAAUGCAAUUUGCGUUAAUUGUAUCAAAACGUGCCAUUCUGGACAUGAUGUUGAAUUUAUUCGCCAUGACAGAUUCUUCUGCGACUGCGGUGCGGGAACGUUGUCGAACCAGUGCCAGCUGCAGGGCGAGCCGACGCAGGACACGGACACGCUGUACGACUCGGCCGCGCCCAUGGAGUCGCACACGCUCAUGGUCAACUGA